AUGUCGGAAGCAAAAGAUAAAAUGCUCAGGUUCUCAUCCUUGCGACGCGUGCAAGAAACGCAAGCUCUCGUCUCGUUCCCACCUCAAUUGACGUUCUGCGACAACAGCUCACACCUUGUCAGCUUCAUUCUCGAUUUACAGCAACGCGUUGCGACAAGCCAGUCUCGUACUGGCACUGCUGAAUAUGUCACACCUGGCUCAUUGGAUACGAACAUCAAUGUUGGUGGACCGUCUGAUCAAGUCUAUCUCGGCACAUCGUCGAACUGGUCCUUUACCCGCCGCGUCCUCAGUCUCACCCACGAAUACAUCCACCAAAGCCCAAUCGCCGCCGAUAAUCUACUCUUCGAUGGUCUAGCCUAUGAUCUCGGAUGGGAUGGCUCGCGCAUCUCUCCAGCGCCUGACCCUCCCGUCAUGCCCAGCCUCGACCACGCGUUAUUUCUCGUCAACACAGUAAAAUUCCAUUGCGGUCAAUUGUUCCACCUUUUCGACGAGGAAACAUUUAUGGGUUAUCUGCAUGAGUUUUAUAAUGAUCCGACGACUCAUAUCGCAGCUGCAGACCUCCGUUACAUCCACCUUUUACUGAUCUUAGCCUUUGGCAAAGCGUUUGCUGAGAACAACAAUUACCAGUCUAAAAGACCGCCUGGUGCUGAUUAUUUCGUCACUGCGCUUCGAUUGUUACCGAGUAUUCACAUCCUUGUUUACGAACCGCUCAUAUCGACCGAGAUACUCUGUUGUAUAGCACUGUACUUUGAGUCGCUCGACUAUCGCCACUCAUCGCACGGAUUUAUCGGACAGGCAAUGCGAGUCGCCUUGGGUCAAGGCAUGCACACAGAUAUGCCUGUGGACCAAUUAGGUGACCGUAUCGUGGAGCGAAGUCGCAGGAUAUGGUGGACUGUCUACGUGCUGGACCGCGAGAUGACAUCUCUCAUGGGCUUGCCCCAGUCCGUUCACGAUGACGAUAUUCAUCCGGCACUUCCGCAUUACGGAGGGUCGACACAACGGGUGGCAGCUUUACAUAUGCAGAUUCGGUUGUGUCGGAGUAUUGCUUCUGUUGGAAGAGGUGUAUACGGAGCAAACGGUCGGCUCAACAAAAAGUUCCUCCUCAGCACCAAGAAGGUUCUCGAGAACAUUGCUGGCCUCGCAGACGAACUACAGCAACAAUUCCCGCUUGGUGUCGACAAAGCCAUCAAUGGUGUCUCACGAGUAGCGGGUUACCUCCACACCCUUUACCACCAAUGUAUCGUGCUCGCAACAAGACCUUUGCUCCUCUGCUUCCUCAAGAUCCGCUUCGAAACACCCGACGCCAUAACCGAGGCACUAAACUCAUCUCAAACUGUCUGGAACCUGAUCAAGAUGUGCAUCGACUCUUCCUACCAGAUGAUCAACAUUCUUGGCUGUUUGCAAAGUCAAGGUCUGCUUGAAGCGUUUCUACCGUUUGAUCUUGAGUCACUGUUCGUGUCAAGCUUCAACCUGCUUAUCGCACCGGUUCUGGAUCCGAGGUUCUCUGAACAUGAUGCGACGUUUCGGCAUAAGACCUCAAUCAUCUUUAAUGAGAUGAUCAACAAGGGAAAUCUCAUCGCUGUGUUUCGGAGGUCGGAGCUUCAGCAGCUUGAUGAUAUGCUGAGUUGUCUAUCUCGCGAACACAAUGAUACAACGCCGAUACCGAUCGAUGGUCAGAUCAUUGGAGGGACGAUACCUGAGGGUAACGAUGGUGCUUUGCAAGAUCCGAAUGACGAUAAUGAGACGAUGGCUUCUAUGCUCCCUGGGAUGGAUGACCUGGGCAUGGAUGCUUGGUUUACUACAGCGCAGAUGAUUGAUAUGGCGAAUUCGAUAGCAAACAGUGAUACGGAGUGGGUGUCGCAUACGAUGAUGGAGCAUGAUAUUUGGUAG